AUGUUUGGAGGCUUUAACCAAAAAUCUUCCUCCUCCGCCCCCUCCUCCUGUCGGCCUACUCCCUGUAAGGUGCUGUGCCGAUUAGCCCUGAGGUCAGGAAGUGACAUCAUUGCAUGUAGCUAUUGUUCCGGUUCUCGUAAAGAGCAGCUCGAGCCAUCCACGAUGACAACAGCGGCAAGGCCCACGUUUGAGCCAGCCCGUGGAGGAAGGGGCAAAGGAGAGGGGGAUUUAAGUGCUCUGUCCAAGCAAUACUCCAGCAGAGAUCUACCAGGACAUACCAAGAUAAAAUACAGACAACCUACUCAGGAUGCCCCCGAGGAGGUCCGUGCCCGCGACUUCCGCAGGGAACUGGAAGAAAGGGAGCGUGUGGCAGUACGUGAGAAAACCAGGGAGAGAGGACCAAGAGAGCACACAACUUCAUCUUCAUCUUCCAAGCGGCUGAGGCUAGAUCAAAUCCCUGCAGCUAACCUUGACGCUGAUGACCCGUUGACAGAUGAUGAUGAAGAUGAGAAUUCUGAUGAGGACAGUGAUGAUGAUGACACUGCUGCACUUCUGGCAGAGUUGGAGAAAAUUAAGAAAGAACGUGCUGAGGAACAAGAGCGCAAGGAGCGUGAGCAAAAGGCUGAAGAAGAGAGGAUCCGAAUGGAGAACAUCUUGAGCGGGAAUCCACUGAUUAAUUUAGCGGGACAGCAGCAGCAACAGCAACAGCAACAACAACAGAACAUUCAGACGCAGAGCGCAUUCAAAGUCAAAAGAAGGUGGGAUGAUGAUGUUGUUUUCAAGAAUUGCGCCAAAGGAGUGGACGAGGCUCGAAAGGAAAAACGUUUUGUCAAUGACACCCUGCGUUCAGAGUUUCACAAAAAGUUUAUGGAGAAGCGCUCCUCGUCUCGUCAGCCCAGCGUUGAUUCAUUAUCCAGUUCUUCCACGUCCCGCUCUGACCGCUCUGCUCAGGUCAAGCCCCCCUUGUCCUCAGAGUCCACCUCCAAUGAGUUUUCCCCGGAGCUAAGGGUGAAACCCAAAGCGUUUACAAAGCAAAUCUGCAGAGAGACAGACAAACAGGAACCACAACUACUUCCAAAUGAAAUUGUACAAGAUUUAGCGAAAGAUGUCACCUACUUCUGCCCGUUCAUUGGAGCCAUAAGGGGAUCUGUGAUCAUCACAAACUACAGAUUAUUCUUUAAAUGCAUGGACAGAGAACCUGCAUUUGUGUUGGACAUUCCACUUGGUGUAGUGAGUCGUGUGGAGAAGAUUGGUAAUGCCUCGAUCCGGGGGGAUGUUUCAUAUGGGAUUGUAUGCAAGGAUAUGCGUAAUCUCCGAUUUGCACACAAGCAGAUAGACGACACUCUCAGGAAGUCCAUUUUUGAGGGGCUAACGAAAUUUGCGUUUCCUGUUUCCAAUGGACUGCAAAUUUUUGCUCUUCAUUAUGGACAAGUGUUCCCUGAAAAUGGUUGGAAAGUCUAUGAUGCUGUCGCUGAGUACAAAAGACAGAGUAUUCCUAAUGAAAGCUGGAGAGUAACUAAAGUAAAUGAUCACUAUGAACUCUGCGACACUUAUCCAUCAACACUUGCGGUGCCUGUCAACAUGCCAGAUGAGGAUCUAAAGAGGGUGGUGACCUUCAGGGCUAAAGGAAGGAUUCCUGUUUUGUCUUGGAUUCAUCCAGAAAGUCAGGCUACAAUCACACGUUGCAGUCAGCCUAUGGUUGGUGUGAAUGGCAAACGCAGUAAAGAGGAUGAGAAGUACCUCCAAGCAAUAAUGGAUGCAAAUGCUCAGUCUCAUAAGCUUAUCAUUUUUGACGCCCGGCCCAGUGUCAAUGCUGCAGCCAACAAGAUGAAAGGUGGUGGAUAUGAAAGUGAGGAUGCUUAUCAGAACGCAGAACUUGUCUUUUUAGACAUUCACAAUAUUCAUGUUAUGAGAGAGUCUCUUCGUAAACUUAAGGAAGUAGUUUAUCCGAACAUCGAGGACUCUAAUUGGCUUUCCAACCUGGAGUCUACUCACUGGCUAGAACACAUCAAACUCAUAAUGGCCGGAGCAUUGCGAAUUGCUGACAAAGUUGAAUCUGGCAAAACAUCCGUUGUGGUUCACUGCAGUGAUGGUUGGGACCGCACGUGUCAGCUCACAUCUUUGGCCAUGCUGAUGCUUGAUGGCUAUUACCGCACUAUCCGUGGAUUUGAGGUACUGAUUGAAAAAGAGUGGCUCAGCUUCGGUCAUCGUUUCCAGACGCGUAUUGGUCAUGGAGAUAAAAACCACACUGAUGCUGACCGCUCACCUGUUUUUAUCCAGUUCAUUGACUGUGUCUGGCAGCUCACACGUCAGUUUCCUGCAGCUUUUGAAUUUAAUGAAUAUUUCCUGGUGACUAUCUUGGAUCAUCUGUACAGCUGUCUUUUUGGUACAUUUUUGUGUAACAGUGAACAACAGCGGAUGAAGGAAGACAUUCCCAAGAAAACUGUGUCCUUGUGGUCAUAUGUAAACAGCCAACUGGACGAUUUCACUAACCCUCUGUAUGUGAACUACUCCAAUCAUGUAUUGUUCCCUGUUGUCAGCCUGCGCCACUUAGAGCUUUGGCUUGGUUACUACAUCCGCUGGAAUCCCCGGAUGAGACCUCAGGAACCAGUCCACCAGCGCUACAAGGAGCUGUUAGCAAAGCGCGCUGAAUUGCAACGGCGAGUGGAGGAGCUUCAGCGAGAAGUGGCCAGAAGUCGCUCUGCUUCAUCCUCAUCAGAACAAGCAGGGUCUCCAACACGCUCCAUCACACCUGUGCAAACCUUUGUUUGA